AUGGCUCAAGCUGCGCGCUCCUAUCCUCUCAGUGCUGAGCGAGUGUACGACUCUGGCGAUGAAGACGAAGCCCAGGGUGUCGCGGGUCAUGAUGCGCUGCCGUCCAAUUCGAAGACUUCUAACGGCAUCAAAGAUGAUCACGGAGACGACGACAGCAGCGAAGUGGAGGCUUCCGACAGUGAGGACGAGGAGACCGCUGAAGACGAAGACGAAAGCGAGGACGACCAAAGCGAGUCGGAAAUUGGUUCAGCAGUGACGUCGGCUUCGAGCCAGAAGACACGCUCCUCGCCAACCCCAGAACUCGAAGAGACUGCCGCCAAAUCCGUGCAAUCCAGAGCCGCAAUUCCUGCAAAACCAUUCAAAGCGCCCAAGGGCUAUGAACCCAUUGCGCGCUCACAGUCCGACACUAGCUCAACCGUGCGUCAGUUUCACGAUUUGUCGGAGAAGGAAGUCUGGCUCAUCGCUGCUCCUGGUGAUGUCCCCAUUGACUCGAUCAAGGAGUUGGCCGUCGAUGCUGUCAUGCGCGGUCAACCCAUUAUCACCCACAAUGGUAUCGCAUACGGCAUGCAGCCAUUGCCAUCCAAAAACGAAACAGUCUUGCUUCCUCAAGGAGUGGAUGCGAGUUACCAGCAGGCGGAGAAGAAGAUUGGACGUAGCUUCAUCAUGCGGGAGGUCAACGAUCAAACCAAGGUUCCAUCCCAGGAAGGUACUCCGCAGGCCUUCACUGCGACACGACCUGGCAAGCCGAAAGAAAUCCGACAGCAACCUGAAGGUCUGAAGAAGCGAUACACACCUCCCGGAGUCCCUGCAGGUACAGCUGCGCAGUCUGGGCGAGACGUCGAGAUGGAUGAUGCGCCUGAACCUACUCCAGCUGUACGCCCCAAGAAAGGUACCAAUGGAAAGGAGCCAAACGAUAAUUCCUCGGGAAAGAGGAAGCGAGGCUAG